CAAACACUAUUGAACAUUUCCUUGCUUUCAUCUUCUUCGUCGGUGCAGGAUAAUAUGAACACAAACAGAGUGCAGUAACAGCAAGAGCUGAUCUCUGUAAAACAAUUCAAAAGCUUCAUCGAUAACAAAUAAUUAAAAUUGACCUAAACACAAACAAAAAAAUGGCAGCCAAAGCGGGCGCUACUCCGCCACCUCCGCCUACCAGUAAUCUCCACAAAUCAGUAGCAAUUUCUAGAGGAUACAAUUUCGCUUCCACUUGGGAACAGAAUACUCCUCUAUCGGAGCAACAACAAGCUGCGAUUGUAGCAUUAUCGCAUGCCGUCGCCGAGCGACCAUAUCCUCCCAAUCUGAAGCAAGUUCACAUGAUCUCAAUGCAAGACAAUGGUGGCUUGACUGUUCCGACUAUAGACGCUGCUUUCGCUGAUUCGCAAGCUAAUGAUGCCGUUUUAGUCAAUACAAAUCAAUUUUACAAGUGGUUUACAGAUCUUGAAUCGGCCAUGAAAUCGGAGAUGGAGGAGAAGUAUCAGCACUAUGUCAAUACAUUGACACACCGCAUACAGACAUGUGAUAAUAUACUUCAUCAAGUGGAUGAAACGCUGGAUUUGUUUAACGACUUACAGUUGCAACACCAAGCAGUAGCUACAAAGACUAAGACUCUUCAUGACGCCUGUGAUCGAUUGUUAGUAGAGAAGCAAAGACUGAUUGAAUUUGCAGACGCACUUCGCAGUAAGCUUCACUACUUUGAUGAAUUGGAGAAUAUUGCUACAAAUUUUUAUUCUGCAAAAGUGAAUGUUGGAAGUGCAGACUUUCUUCCACUGCUCAAACGGCUUGAUGAGUGCAUAUCGUAUGUUGAGACCAAUCCACAAUAUGCAGAAUCUAGUGUUUACUUGCUCAAAUUUCGACAACUUCAGUCUCGGGCCUUGGGUAUGAUUCGGUCUCAUGUACUUUCUAUUUUGAAAGCGGCAUCUUCUCAGGUCCAGGCAGCAAUCCGGGGCACUGGCAGCAACAAGACUUCCGUUUCUGAGGGUGUUGAGGCAUCUGUUAUCUACGUCCGAUUCAAGGCAGCUGCAAAUGAGCUAAAGCCUGUGCUCGAAGAAAUUGAAAAGAGAUCAUCUAGAAAAGAAUAUGCUCAAAUUCUUGCAGAAUGCCACAAACUCUACUGUGAACAGCGGCUUUCUUUGGUAAAAGGCAUAGUAUUGCAACGAAUAUCCGAGUAUGCUAAGAAAGAGGCAUUGGCAUCAUUAACAAGAUCUGGAUGUGCAUACUUAAUGCAGGUUUGUCAACUCGAGCAUCAACUCUUUGAUCACUUUUUUCCAUCUUCAGAGGAUAUUUCUGGCCUUGCUCCAUUGGUUGAUCCUCUGUCUACUUUCUUGUAUGAUACACUGCGCCCAAAACUAAUUCAUGAAACAAAUGUCGAUCUUCUUUGCGAACUUGUUGAUAUACUCAAAGUGGAAGUCUUAGGAGAACAGCUUAGUAGUAGGAGCGAGUCAUUGGCUGGGCUACGUCCUACAUUGGAAAGAAUUUUAGCGGAUAUUCAUGAGCGACUGACUUUCCGUGCUCGAACACAUAUCAGUGAUGAGAUAGCUAAUUUUAUUCCUUCUGAUGAAGACUUGGAUUACCCUAUGAAGCUGGAGCGAUCUGCUGAGAUGAAAUCAGAUACUAAUUCUGUUGAAGAAACUUCAGAAGCAAUUAAAACAUGGUACCCACCCUUGGAGAAGACUGUAACAUGCCUUUCAAAGCUGUAUCGUUGUCUAGAGUCAUCUGUCUUCACUGGUUUAGCUCAGGAAGCUGUAGAAGUUUGCUCCCUUUCUAUCCAAAAAGCAAGCAAACUCAUAGCAAAAAGAACAACAGCAAUGGAUGGGCAGCUCUUCCUCAUCAAACAUCUUUUAAUCUUAAGGGAGCAGAUUGCUCCAUUUGAUAUAGAAUUUUCCGUCACAUACAAGGAACUGGACUUCUCUCAUUUGUUGGAGCACUUGAGACGUAUACUUAGAGGUCAGGCCUCUUUAUUUGAUUGGUCAAGAUCAUCUUCACUAGCAAGGACUUUAUCUCCCCGAGUUUUGGAAAGUCAAGUAGAUGCCAAGAAGGAUCUGGAGAGAAGUUUGAAAGCAACUUGCGAGGAGUUCAUUAUGUCGGUCACUAAGCUGGUCGUGGAUCCAAUGCUUUCAUUUGUUACCAAGGUUACAGCUGUAAAAGUUGCACUAUCAUAUAAUACUCAUAGUGACAAAGCAGACUCGAUUAUGGCCAAACCCCUCAAGGAUCAAGCCUUUGCUACUCCGGAGAAGGUGGCUGAACUUGUUCAGAAGGUAAAUGCUGCCAUUCUACAAGAAUUGCCAACGGUGAUGGCGAAGAUGAAGAUUUACCUGCAAAACCAAUCAACAAGAACAAUACUUUUCAAACCAAUAAAGACAAACAUUGUUGAAGCACAUAUUCAAGUGCAGAAACUUGUGAAAGCCGAGUACUCACCUGAAGAACAAAGCAUUAUUAAUGUGACGUCCAUACAACAGCUUCAACAACAACUUGACAAUUUCCUGUAGGAUUUAUGUAAAAGCUACUUAAAUUUUUUUCCUGAAGGAGUCAGUUUGUAUAGAACUAUUUUAAUUUCCUGGAUGACCUAUUGUUUAUGUAUGCUUUCUAAUUUAUUUGUUGUUUAUUGGCUAAAUUCA